AUGAAGGCAAGGGGGUCUAGAGCGGAUUUCUUCAUCAUCCUCGUUCUCUUCUUCUGCACUGUUUGCAACUCUUUGCAAGACAAGCUAAGCGAACAUCUUGGGAGCAAAGGGCCUUACAUAGCUCCUGAAGGAUGGACGCGACCAGAAGUUCCUUCGACAUGCACUCCGACGAUGAUUACAGGAGUUUUUCGUCAUGGAUCGAGGAACCCAAGUGCUAAGGACAUCAAGAAGUUCGAGCAGCUUGAGGACCUUCUUCGACGGCUGAGCAGAGAGAUCAACACUACGAAUGACAAGCUCCGAUGGGCGCAAACCUGGAAGAAUCCCUUCAAGGAGGAGGAUGCGAGCAUGCUGGUCUCGUUAGGAGUGGAGGAGCAUUUGGGUGCGUCAGCAGGUCCUGAGGCGCAAAGUGACAUGUCGCACAUUGCUACCAUCCGCGACAUCAUGUUUUUCGCUCCUCCUGUCAUGAGCGAUCAGCAAGGAGUGCGCAUGCGUUUGCAGGAGGAGCUUUCGAUGUCAGUGGGCCAGGCGUGUCAGGAGAAGCGCAAGGCCACGCAGGUACAGGAGCAGUUCCUGGAGAGCAAGGAGGUGCAAGAUGUCGUCGCCAGAGUUGGAAGCAAGUUGGGUCUGAAGGAGACAAGCAAAGAGCUGAAGGCUAAGCACGUCGCCGCCAUGUUCACCCUGUGCGCAUUCGAAGCUGGGCAGAUGAAAGAGUCUUCGCGCUUCUGCUCCCUGCUUGACGAGGAUGACAUGUCGACGAUGGAGUACUGGGAUGAUUUGAAACAUUUCUACAAGAAAUCCUAUGGGCUUGCGAUGAAUGCUGGGAUGGCAUGCCCUCUCUUGCUUCAUCUGGUACACGUCAUGAAGUCGAGGCCUCCUCACAAGACAGCAGAGCUUCUCUUUGCUCACGGAGAGACCAUGCUGCCCCUCGUGACGCUCCUCGGCCUCUUCCAAGAUCCCUUCCAGCUCAACGCGUCGACGCCCCUCCACCUCAGGAGGACCAGGAAGUUUCGGAGCGGGAGGAUCAUCCCCAUGGCUGCCAACAUUGUCUUCGUUCUGCACAGCUGCCGACAAGAUUCUUCGAGCCCCCAAGACCUCAGGGUCUUGGUGAUGGUGAACGAGCGACCGGUCAAGCUCGCGGCCUGCUCGGAGGAAGAGGGCUGGUUGUGCCCGCUGGACAGUCUGAUCCGGAUCAUCAGCGAUCGACAAGACACGCCCAGGAAGCUGCUCAACGACUUGCUGCAGUCGGAGGGGAGCAAAGGAGACAGCGGCAAGGGAAAAGGCGUGUUGGAACACAUCUGCGGGUUCAGGCAACUCCCUGAGGAAGAGGAAGAGGGAGAGCAGACGUUGAACGAGGGGAUGGAGGACGAGAAGCUGCAAGAGGCGGACACCUCAGAGACCAGGCUCGCUUCCUUGAUCUUCAUCUUCUUCCUCCUCUUCUCCUCCUUCUCUCUCUUGGCCUUCACCGCAUGGUUCCUCAGCCGCCUCUAG